AUCUCCUUCGAUCUGGAUUGCGUUUUUGAUAUCGUUCCUCUGGAUCUCAAAGCAUCUCUACACCGUAGGUAUCAUCAACAACCACACUGUACUAAGACAUGUCGCCUCAAAAUGUACAGGUAAGACAAUAUAAGUCUGAGAAAAUAUUGAAAAGAUUUUCGACUUUUCACUCCAUAUCGAAAGCACGAAAGUUGUUGUUGUUGUUCUGUAAUUCUUUUGUGCACGUUUUGGUUAUGUGUUAAGAAUGAACGCUAUAGCUUGGUGAAAUACAAUGCCAAGGUGUUAGAUCGUAAUCUAUCUGGAAAAAUACUCUCCUCUACGCGAUGCUACGUGAUUCAUUGCGUGCAAAAGAAGUCGUGGAAGAAAUUUAGGUUCACGUGAUCGAGGUAUGGAAUAACCAAUCUUCACUGAUGACGAUUUGGUUACCGCUGAAGUAGGCCAGAAAAUGAUAGAUUAUUUUGAAACUGUAGGAGAACAAAUAAGAUACGCCACAGAGCCAUAGUGUUCAAGUUGCAUUUCAUUAACAUUGCCAGUCCCGUUUUCCAGUGAAACUUUCAUCUAACUUGAGAUUUGCUAUCAUUUCUUUCCUUCUCCUUGGCAGCAACCGACUGGCGAGGCAUCGAUUGACUUCAGCGUCGUCAUUGCUGCCUCAGCUCCUGUAGAAGACACAGGAGGUUUAGUACAUGCCGUGACAGUAAUACAACCUUCCCAAACUUGGACUGUUAUUCGUGGGCAAGAUGAUUUUGUCGCUGUUGCGCAGAAUCUUGCUGUGCAAAUUAUGGACCUACCUGCUCUUCCUGACGUUGCGAAACAUUUCCAAGCAUCAGGAUGUCAAAACGAUCUUCAUUCUAUUGUAACUGUUCGUACCCAUCUUCAACACUGGCUUGAGACCAUUUUGAUGUACCCUGGAGCAAGAGAUUCCCCAGCGAUUAGCAACUUUUUAACCUACGCCCCAAACAUGAUCCCCCCGCAAUACGAAAAUGUAUCCUGGACUAUCUUCACGGCCGACGGCCAAGUCGCAUCUCCAACAACCGCACAAGGGAAUUCGCAAACUUCUUCUGUCGAAACUGGUGGCUACGACGACGGCAAUCUAGAUGAUAUGGUUAUGGACGAGAUGUUUGAAACCGGCGACGGUGACGAAAUUGGCCAACAUGAUGACGAUGACAGCGAUGGCGAAGAAGAAUACCGGGCGUCUAUUCGAUAUAAAGCAUGUGAUGAUCCAAUUACCGAGGAAGAUCAAAUGGAUCUACAAAAUGUUAUUGCGGGUGAAGUUGAAAUGAUUGACGAUGUUGGAUCAUUAGCUCAAAGCCUGGGCGCCUCUCACCUCGGAAGAUCUAUCAUGCUCCAGGAAGAAACCAUAGGAAUCAACGCCAGUGAGCAGGCGCAGCAACAAACAAUCCCUCAAGGUKGCUUACAACUUGGUAGUGCGAUGACCGGUGCUGGCAGCGGAGGUAUCGGCAGCGCCAUGAAACACGCAACAUCACAACAAAUCGGCGGCAGCUUCAAUCAAGUGAAACCAGAAUCCCCUCCACGUCUUGAUGCUUUCAAGAUGAUUAAAGUUAUUGGAAAAGGGUCUUUUGGUGAGUCUUUUAGAAUUAUCCAGGUCACCAAACCAAUGUUCAUCCAACUGAAAAUUUGCAUACCCCGACAUUGAUUACUCACUCUCCCUGUGGUAUUCCACCUAUUUGUUGCCUUCCGGGACACCUUUACAUUAUAGGUAAGGUCUUUUUAGUAAAGGAAAUCAAAACUUCCCAGAUGUUCGCAUUGAAGGUGCUCAAAAAAGAUAACAUCAUCAAGAGAAAUCAAGUUGAACACACGAAGACAGAACGAAGUGUCCUUGGAUACGUAAAACACCCCUUCAUUGUUGGAAUGAACAUGGCAUUCCAAUCCAGAGAUAAACUAUUUUUCGUGUUGGACUACUGUGCAGGCGGAGAGCUUUUUUUUCAUCUGGGCAAGCUUGGCAAAUUUCCGGAAGCAAGAUCCCGUUUCUACGCAGCGGAAAUUAUUCUUGCCAUAUCUUAUGUGCAUAGCCUCGAUAUUAUAUAUAGGGAUCUAAAACCAGAAAAUGUUCUGUUGGAUGGAUCCGGUCACAUUCGACUAACUGAUUUUGGACUGUCGAAGGAGGGAAUCAGCUCCAGUUCAAGUGGUGCCAAUAGUUUCUGCGGUACUCCUGAAUAUCUUGCACCAGAAAUCCUUAAUCGACAGGGACAUGGACGCGGAGUUGAUUGGUGGAGUCUGGGGGCGCUUUUGUACGAGAUGCUGACAGGUCUUCCACCGUUCUACUGUCAAGACCGCGAGCGUCUUUUUGAGAAAAUCAGGAAAAGCGAACUUCAUUACCCUGCUAGUCUUUCAUCGACUUCCAAGCACCUUCUACGUGGUCUCUUGACCAAGGACCCUACUCGUCGACUAGGUAGCGGGCCCAAGGAUGCAGAAGAAAUUAAGCCGCACCCGUUUUUUGCUUCGAUUGAUUGGGAGAGGCUACAAAGGGGGCAAAUCGCCCCGCCGUGGGCGCCAACAAUCACAGGGAGCCAAGAUACAAGUCAGUUUGACGCAGAAUUUACCAGUAUGCCAAUCUUCAGCCCCCGUAGUAUGCGAAGUACUUUAGGUACGACUCCAUUAGGCGACAAUCCAUUCGAAGGAUUUACAUUCCAAGAGACAAUUCUUGAAGGUCCAGGAACCCGAUGCUAGAUUCGAGGCAUGGAAUUGUCGCUUCUGAUGUACAUAAAUUGUUAAAUACUGCAAGGUCCAGAGGUCGAUGCACAAACGAGGAAAAAAAUAGCAUAGUACCUGGCAUUAACAUUUUGCAAGGGUUAACAUCGUAGCUUUGAUAUACUGUAAGGUCCGAAUGUCAAUGCAUAAGUUUCGAAUCAAAAUGCUUUUUAAAA